ACCGUCCGCCAUCUUGCUGCUAUCGCAGGAGCCAGGAGCUGGGAGGGGAGAAGGACAGGAAACCGGGAGUCGGGAAUCCUGGGAUAGUGGCGGACCUGAAGUUGGCCUCUCUGAAGGCUGAGUCCUGGGGAACCGGGACCGAGAAGAUUUCGAAGGUGGAGGAGCGUGUCUCAAGAUUGAGGAUACCUAUUCCUUCGUGGGGCAGGGAAGGGGCGGACAGCAGCGCCUGUUCUGGAGGAACUGGACUAAGAUGUGACCCUAAAGUGAAGUGUUACCGCUUCCAAACGAAAUGAGGGUCACCUUUCACACCCCCGCCCCCCGGGGUUGGAAAAGCCACCGAUCGUUCCAGCGGCCGAGCAGCUCUUAGAGCUUUGGAUUCGGCUGUCGUGGAGAUAACGGGUACCAGAAAAACUGCAACAGCGAGUUGGUCGGAUGGAGGCCAGGAGCCAAGAAUAAUCGAAACACGCUGCCAGCACCCAUUAGAUGGAUGGGAAAUGAGUGUAACUCAUUGGGAAAGAUAUUAGACUUUAAAUCACCGAAGGCAAAGCCUACUUCCUGGGGCGCGGGUGCGGGCGCGGGCGCUGGCACUAGGAGACGUCACUCCCGCGCAUAACUGACAUGGCGCCCUCUUGGUCGGCGUUUCCGGGCGGGUCCUUCCGACGGCCCCCGCGGUGAUUCCAUCACUCGGCUUUCUUCCCGGCCUGCCUAGCGCCCACAGCCGGGCUGGGCCAGAACAGCCCAAGAUGGCCGACUUCGAUGAUCGUGUGUCGGAUGAGGAGAAGGUACGCAUAGCUGCUAAAUUCAUCACUCAUGCACCCCCAGGGGAAUUUAAUGAAGUAUUCAAUGAUGUUCGGCUACUACUUAAUAAUGACAAUCUCCUCAGGGAAGGGGCAGCACAUGCAUUUGCCCAGUAUAACAUGGAUCAGUUCACGCCUGUGAAGAUAGAAGGAUAUGAAGAUCAGGUCUUAAUUACAGAGCACGGUGACCUGGGUAAUAGCAGAUUUUUAGAUCCAAGAAACAAAAUUUCCUUUAAAUUUGACCACUUACGGAAAGAAGCAAGUGACCCUCAGCCAGAAGAAGUAGAUGGAGGUCUGAAGUCUUGGAGAGAAUCCUGUGACAGUGUUUUAAGAGCCUAUGUGAAAGACCAUUAUUCCAACGGCUUCUGUACUGUUUAUGCUAAAACUAUCGAUGGGCAACAGACUAUUAUUGCAUGUAUUGAAAGCCACCAGUUUCAGCCUAAAAACUUCUGGAAUGGUCGUUGGAGAUCAGAGUGGAAGUUCACCAUCACACCACCUACAGCCCAGGUGGUUGGAGUGCUUAAGAUUCAGGUUCACUAUUAUGAAGAUGGCAAUGUUCAGUUGGUUAGUCAUAAAGAUGUACAGGAUUCACUAACUGUUUCAAAUGAAGCCCAAACUGCCAAGGAGUUUAUUAAAAUCAUAGAGAAUGCAGAAAAUGAGUAUCAGACAGCAAUUAGUGAAAACUAUCAAACAAUGUCAGAUACCACAUUCAAGGCCUUGCGCCGGCAGCUUCCAGUUACCCGCACCAAAAUCGACUGGAACAAGAUACUCAGCUACAAGAUUGGCAAAGAAAUGCAGAAUGCUUAAAGGCUGAAUGUAGGAUUCUUCAGUAUGUGGAAAGACAAGGAUUCAACGUGUGGUCCUAUGAUAAAUAAGUGAUUUAUAAACAAGAGUGAUAUUUUGCUAGGGCUUUCAAAGUUAACCGGUUUUCUAGCCUCAUGAAAUACUGUUGAACCUGUAGCGUUAUCUUGAUUCUUUUGUGUUUUCUGCCUUGUAAUUUUCUGUUAUUGCUAUAUCUACGUGUAAAUCUUUUUUUUUUCCUCUUUUUUUUUUUGGUUAAUUCUGCCACAUUUAAUGUUGGUGAGAGAGUGAUCUAUCCUAAUAACAUUUUACUAAAGUUUCCUAGCCAUGAAGCCUGCUACUGAUUUAGACAAGGUAUUAUGGUCAUUACUUUCUACCCCUAUCCUUCCAAGCACUUCUGGUACUUCAGUGGUUUUUACUGAUCCACCAACACCUAAAGAGGCUAUGCUACAAUCUCUAGCUAAAUGGAAGACACAUUCAUCCUUCUCCCUCUGACUGCUUUGAUCAUCAUUUACUGCAUCUCAUAACUGUAAUUUUCCAAAGUUUGGAUUGGGACUUUUCAGGUCCUUUUUGGAGGGCAAAGGAAGUGCCAGCUUCUCUGGGGAACUUGUUUUUAAAUCCAAAGACUUGAACCACAUUCCCUGCACAUGAACAUGUUGCUUUUAUCCCUUCUCUCAUUGUCUCCCUCCCAUCUUAGUACCAUUGUAGUUAUAGACAUCUGCAUUUUUAGAAGCAUUUUACCCAUUUAUUUUUUUAAACAUUCAAGAACUGCUGACGUACUGUGGAUGUAGAGUAUAAAACUUGAAAAAUGCAGAUGUUGAAGGAAUAAUAGGUAUCUUGUGCUUUAAUACUUUAUGGCAGGAUUGUACUAUAAGCAAAUGAAUUAAACAGCUAUGUAAAUCAUAAACAAAAACUAAAAAUGAACCAAAGUGAAAAGGAUAACUUCCAGGCAGUAUCUUUCUAUUGUAACCUGUUAUUUAAGGAAAUACUAGUGAUUUCUUCUAAAUAGGAUGUAAAACUUAUUUCAAAUUACUCUUCCUCAGUCCUGCCUGCCAAGAACUCAAGUGUAACUGUGAUAAAAUAACCUUUCCCAGGUAUAUUGGCAGGUAUGUGUGUAAUCUCAGAAUACACAGGUGACAUAGAUAUGAUAUGACAACUGGUAAUGGUGGAUUCAUUUACAUUGUUUACACUUCUAUGACCAGGCCUUAAGAGAAGGUCAGUUUUUUAAAAAACCAAGUAGUGUCUUCCUACCUAUCUCCAGAUACAUGUCAAAAAAGAAAGGUGUUUGUGCUUCCGUUUUGUUUCUGCUCAGUAAUACAGUCAAGCAACAGUUUGUUUCCAGGUGACCCAUUGAGCUGUGUAUGCAUUUUUGUUUAUUUCAAAUAAAAUAUAUUUGUAUUAUUUGUCAUUCAUACUAUCCAUCCAUACCACACUAUCUUCUGUAUCAGGUAGUCUAAUAGAAAUAUACCUGUUUUGUUCUAAAA